UGGAGGUAGGCGGGGGCCGCCGUCUCCUCAGCCCGGCCGCUGUCCCUCACACGGGGUGAGGGGCGCCCCGCGGGGCGCGUCCCGCCGCUCGGGGGACUCCAAAAUGGCGACCCCCGCUGAGGUGUCGCUUGGGGCCGCUGUGAGGCGAGGGGCCGGGUCUCUUCCCUCGGCCCGGGCUGACCCUCUGCGGCAGCGCCCCUCGGCCCAGUGGCGCUGGCACAUUUGUGCCUCGUCCUGAGGGGACGCGGUGGGCCCCGCAGGCCGGGUUCGGGUUCCUCCGGCUGGGGGAAGCGUAACUUCUCCGGCGAGGGCGGGAGGGCCCCGCGGGCAGGUGUGAGGGGACGGAGGCGGCAUUUCCCCUCCCCGAGACCCGGCCCGGGGCCUAGGGAGCCCAGAGAAGCGUCUGUGUCCCACGGCCGGCCUUGGGGUGCGAGGGCUAUGGAGCAGAUAGAGUGCGUUAUGUCCUGUGAGGCAUCGUCCAUGUUCACUUGUAGUUUUGGAAUUCAAGCCCUGAGGCAGAAACCCAAGUCCGUGUGAAUUUGCUGGUUGUGCAGACUCUGGCGUGUGCUCCUAGAACCCGUAGCAGUGUGAAAUAAACCUUGUUACCUGAGGCUGUACCGUGCCCUGGGCGCGGUUGUCUCUGCCUGGUGUCGGCAGUUCCUCACCUGGGAGGAACGGUGCUGGGUCAUGCUCCCGAAGGGCGUCAGUGCCUGGCACCGUGGCCUGAUGCUGGCAGGUGCGGGCUCCCGUUCGAGUUGACUGUGUCCAGCACAUCACUUGCCAUUUUCCUUCAAAUUCUCCAGGAAAGUGAGCUUCUCGCAAAGAACAGCUUUCUGGACAGCAUGUAGUUCAUCUGAGUGUGAAGUGGGCCACGAUACGGAUAGAAAAAGGUGUUAAAAAGCCACAGCCACAGAUGCUAAAGAGUCCUGCUGCUAAUGGUAUCAUUGAAAGAGACGAAACACCUAUGGAAAAAGAAAUUGAGCAUCUGCAUCGAGUAGAAUUUGAAUUCUCUGACAUAUUCUACUUCUGCAGAAAAGGGUUUGAGGCCAUUGUGGAAGAUGAAGUCACACAAAGGUUUUCCUCUGAAGAACUGGUCUCCUGGAAUCUCCUCACAAGGACUAAUGUCAACUUCCACUACGUCAGCCUGCGGCUGACUGUUGUGUGGGUCAUUGGGGUGAUAGUGCGGUACUGCCUUCUCCUGCCCCUGCGCUUUACCCUUGCUGCCAUUGGGAUUACCUCAAUGAUUGUGGGGACAACAAUAGUAGGACAGCUGCCAAAUAGCAGUGUGAAAGACUAUCUGAGUGAAGUGGUCCACCUCACGUGCUCCCGGAUCCUUGUCAGAGCUCUGUCUGGUACUAUCCAUUACCAUAACAAGGAAAACAAACCUCAGAAAGGAGGGAUUUGUGUUGCCAACCACACAUCACCGAUAGAUGUGAUCAUUUUGACAAAUGAUGGAUGCUAUGCCAUGGUUGGCCAGGUUCACGGUGGACUGAUGGGAGUCAUUCAGAGCGCCACAGUCAAGGCCUGUCCUCACGUUUGGUUUGAACGCUCAGAAAUCAAAGACCGCCAUCUAGUGACAAAAAGACUCAGAGAACACGUGGCAGAUAAGAGCAAACUCCCAAUCUUAAUUUUUCCAGAAGGCACCUGCAUAAACAAUACAUCUGUGAUGAUGUUCAAGAAGGGGAGCUUUGAAAUAGGAGGCACAAUCUAUCCUGUUGCAAUCAAAUAUGAUCCUCAGUUUGGAGAUGCAUUCUGGAACAGCAGCAAAUAUAACCUUGUGAGCUAUCUGCUGCGAAUAAUGACGAGCUGGGCCAUCGUUUGCAAUGUGUGGUACCUGCCACCAAUGGUUAGAAAGGAAGGUGAAGAUGCUGUUCAGUUUGCCAACAGAGUGAAAUCAGCCAUUGCUCGCCAAGGAGGACUGACUGAACUUCCCUGGGAUGGAGGUCUGAAAAGAGCAAAAGUCAAAGAUACUUUCAAAGAAGAACAACAGAAAAACUACAGCAAGAUGCUAGUGAGAAAUGGAUCAAUAGGAAGUCUGUCUACAGGAACAGAGUCAGACUGAGUGGUGGUUCUUGAAAAGUAAUUUUGCACAACCAGCCUUAGCAGGAUUGUUUUUUUUUAAUUAAAACAACAAAACAAAAGAAACACACAAAAACAACAACAACAACAAAAAAAAACCCCAAACACCACAAAAACCAGAGCAACAAAAUCCCAUGUCAUGUAGGCAUAUUCUCGGUAUGGCUGGUGCAGAGCCUGCCAAGGGCAGUGUCUCUGAAUCUCUUCCUGCCUUUUCAUUCUUCUCACUCCCCUGCCUCUCCUCAUGAUGAUGCACUGCAGCUCCUGGUGUUCUUGAGCUGAAUGUGUGGAGAGUUGAGGGACAAAAGGGUAAAAACAGCAUGGUUUUUCUGAGCUUUUAAGAAUGAAAGGAAGAACACUGAACAUGUUGCCAGGACACUGGUUGUGAAGAUACCUCUUGUUCAUGGUACUUGGAAGCUUUAAACAUAAUAGUUUUGUCUUUUUUCCUGUUGCUCACAGACUUUUAGUUGUAGAUGACUUAAAUAACGUUUUAGGAUGUCGUCAGAACUGUAAGGCUGACUCUUGUGGUUAGCUUGCACCUGGAUGUGCAAGGGGGGAAGGGAAGUAAGGGCUGCAGACCCUAAAGAAUAGGAAAGGAGCUGCCCUGCCAAAAUCACAGUUCAAAGACCACAAGGAAUUUGGUGGCCUUAUAACAUGGUAUUACCUUUACUGAGAACUGCUGCCUGAGGGAAGGGGCAAGUCCUCAAUCUCCCUUUCCACUGCUACUGUUGAAAUUGCUUUCUUGAGAUCUGGAGCUGUAAAGGUGAGAUACAGUAAGCAGCUGGAGAAUAUAGGCUAUGACAGAUGAAUUUUUACAAAGUAGGUGUUCAAGACUACCCUUCUAUAUAAAUUGCUGCUAACAGCUUAAUGAUCUCAAGAUAUUCACCCCAGAAACAACAUUUUGUGUUGAUCUGGGCUAGCAAUAGCUAUCACAAGUAUAAUAUAAACAUAGGAUCCAUGAGUCACCUAUGAUGCAAGAUGUGGCAUGUUCAAAUCUGCAAUAUAUUGCUGUCUUAAUGUAAAGAGAAAUAAAUUUUAUAUUUCUAA